AGAGCGCGAGAUCAACCCAAAACCAUCAAAAUUCAUUUUAACUGACACUCAGUUCAAUGAAGCAAUAAUAUUUUAUCAUCAGAAGUCAACCAGAUAACAACAUUAACACCAGCAACAAAUAACAUCAAAUUUUGUGUGUUAUCGUGUUUAUAAUUUAUUCCAACCAAAUCUAAUCUUAAUUCAGUGAAAUUUAACAAUUAUUCAAUUUGUGAACAAACCACACAGAGACAAAAGAAAGCUAAACAGGCUAAAACAACAGCUAACCAGAGGAAGGGCUAAAACAAGAGCAAAUUAAUCAUCUGAUCAAUCUUUACCAGCAACAACGGCGUCAGCAAGUAUGAUGAGAACCAAUGAAACGGUUGACCGUUUCAACUAUUAUUACCAUGAUGUUUGGGAAGUCUAUGGUGAUCCUCGAGUUUCCAAUAUGCCUUUAAUGAAUGGUGGUCCAUGGACUGUGCUGGCAAUCACUGCAGUUUACAUAAUCUUUGUUAAAUAUCUUGGACCUGCUAUUAUGUCCAAACGAGCUCCUUAUGAUUUACGAUCAACCAUCUUUUGGUACAACAUUGCUUUGGUUAUUUUGAAUGGACUCUUUUUCAUCUAUUCCGCCAUGUUUACCCGUUUUGGAAUUCGAACCUGGCAGUGUAAUCCAAUCGAUCCAUCACAGUGGGAUAACGAGAUGAAACUGAAACUCAGUGUUGCCUGGAUUUUUGUAAUGUCCAAAUUUGUUGACCUUUUGGACACCAUAUUUUUUGUUUUCCGUAAAAAGUAUAACCAAGUCUCGGCUCUUCACGUUAUCCACCACUCUUUGGUACCAAUCAACUGUUGGAUGGGCUUUAAAUAUGUACCCUCCGAGUCGGCUGCUUUCAUGCCUUUCCUCAACUCCUUUGUUCACAUGGUUAUGUACACCUAUUAUGCUUUGUCAACUCUUGGACCCAAAGUGACACCCUACCUUUGGUGGAAAAAGUAUCUCACCCAAUUACAGAUUAUUCAAAUUGCUCUGGUUUCCAUUCACUGUGUCUACAUUGCCUUCCUUCCUUCAUGUAAAGUGCCAAAAUUUGUAUUCCUUAUUGCUUUACCUCAGGCUCUUUUGGUUCUCGCUAUGUUUUGCUCAUUUUUCAUCAAUUCAUAUCUCAAACCAUCACCACCAUCUAAAUCAUCUAUAUCAUCAUCAUCAACAACAACAGCAUCUUCACCAUCCACGGCCAAGGCUAAAUCCUCAUAAGAAACCUGAAUCUGCAACGAUUUAAGACAAAACAGGGAUUCAAUUAUUUUUAAUUGUAGACGACGAAAAACGAUAAUUUGAAUGCUGUAAUGAACAUUUCUCAUUACAUCGUUUAUUCAACAAUAUAAAUUUUAUACCAUCGAUUUUGAAAGAUUGACCCUAAACAUUGUAGGUGAGCCAAUAAAUCAUAAUCAAUUUCCCUGUUGACAAUCACAAGUAAUUUAGAAGACUUAAACAAUGAAAAUCAAGAAAAAAUCAAUCCUUUAAAUCAUCACUUCAAUCAUCAAAACAACGGAAAGCUCAAUCAACUUGUAAAUCCAAUGUAACUACAAUCAACUCUAAUAUAAGUCAUCAAGCUUAAUCUUUCUUCAUAAUCAUCA